UCCCUCUUAAAUCAGCCAUACUAGAUUGGCGUUUUGUCAUCCCAACAAUGCCGUCGUUAGAUGUAAUCGAAAAGCCUGAAGAAGAGCCUAAACAGGAAGAAGCGACAUUGAGUAAACCAAUAAUUGGCAUUAUUUAUCCACCUCCAGAAGUGCGAAAUAUUGUUGAUAAAACUGCAAGCUUUGUUGCAAGGAAUGGACCAGAAUUUGAAAACAGAAUACGACAAAAUGAGAUUAACAACUCGAAGUUCAACUUCUUAAAUCCAGCUGAUGCUUACCAUGCUUACUAUCAACAUAAAGUCAAGGAGUUUAGAGAGGGGAAAGGUCAGGAACCAGCUGUUCCAAAGAUUCUUUUUCAGCAUCAGCGCCCACAAGAACCAGUCAAGAUCCCAGAGGUUUUUGUUCCAAAGGACCCCCCUCCAGAAUUUGAGUUUGUUGCUGAUCCUCCAUCAAUUUCAGCAUAUGAACUGGAUGUUGUAAAAUUGACUGCCCAGUUUGUGGCACGAAAUGGUCGCCAGUUCCUAACAACAGUGAUGCAGCGUGAACAGCGUAAUUAUCUGUUUGACUUCUUGCGGCCUCAGCACAGCUUGUUCAGUUACUUCACAAAAUUAGUGGAACAGUACACUAAGAUUUUGAUUCCACCCAAAAAUCUGAAGGAAAGUCUUGGGAAGGAGUCACAGGGGUACAAAGAGAUACUUGAGCAAGUGCGUUACCGUGUGGAGUGGUUGAAAUUUCAAGAAAGGGAAAGGAAGAAGGAGGAAGAUGCACUUGAGAAAGAAAGAGUGGCUUAUGCGCAGAUUGACUGGCAUGACUUUGUUGUGGUAGAAACAGUAGACUUCCAGCCUAAUGAGUCGGGUAACUUGCCUCCACCUACCACCCCGAGUGAAGUAGGAGCACGUAUCUUGACACAGGAAAGAUAUGAGAAGGGGGAGAUUGCUAUGGACGAUGCAGUGGAGAUGGAGGUGGAGUCUGAUGAGGAAGAAGAGGAGGAUGAAGGUGGAAGAGAUGAGGGUCAUAUGCUGCCUUCAUUACCUCCACCACCUAAACAUGCACCUCAUUCUGAUGAUGUAGAGCCUCAGGAUAUGGAAGAAGACUCUGAUGAAGAAGAUGACAGGCCUCAGGUAGUUUCAUCUCGGCCAAAAGUAGCUCAGGCACCUGCCCCUCCACCCCCACCACCACCUCCACCUACUGAGGCUCCACCUCUCCCACCCACUCCUGACCAAGUGAUUAUCCGAAGAGACUACAAUCCUAAAGCAAGAACUGUACCACAGGAAGAGGCACCAGAUAUGUACAUGAUCUCCCCAAUCACAAAAGAAAAGAUUCCAACAAGCAAAGUGCAGGAUCAUAUGAGGAUUGGGCUACUUGAUCCAAAGUGGAUGGAGGAUCGCCAGCGCAGCAUGGCUGAAAAACAGGAACAGGAGGAAGUAAUAGCUGCUGGUUCUGAUAUUGACAUAAGUCUGAGACAGCUGGCUGAACGACGUACAGACAUCUUUGGUGUGGGCACUGAAGAGACACAGAUUGGUAAAAAGAUUGGUGAAGAAGACAAGAAAGCAACCAAGGUGGUGUGGGAUGGUCAUACUGCUUCCAUGGAAAAGGUGUCACAACGAGCUCGUGAGAACAUAUCAAUUGAGGAACAGAUUGCAACCAUUCAUAAAACCAAGGGUCUUGUACCAGAUGAAGAGAAAGAGAAAAUAGGGCCAGCAAUGCCUAAGGGUCCACCAGUUCCACUUCCACCUCCUCCUCCAGUAACUACUGCUCCUGCACCUCCCCCACCUGUCACCAGACCAGUUCCACCUCCUCCUGCACCUCCAGUGUCUCGCCCUCCACCUCCUCCCAUGCAGGCAAUGGCACGUCCAGUUGGCAUGCCACAAGGGCUGAUCAUGAUGCCUGGACCAGCACCAAUGCACCCUAUGGGAAUGAACCCCAUGAUGGGAAUGCAACCGCCCAUGCCUCCUGUUCAGCCUCCUUUGGGGAUGCGUCCUGGGCCCCCGGGUGUCAUUGGUCACCAGCCUCCAGUGGCUCCAGCUCAGCCACCACCACCCAGUGAGGAACCGCCUAGCAAAAAACAAAAAACAGAAGACAAUCUUAUCCCAGAAGAUGUCUUUCUUCAAAAGAAUAAGGGCCCUGUUACAGUUAAAGUGGUUAUACCCAAUGUGGUGGACAAACCUGAAUGGAAGCUUAAUGGUCAAACUCUGGAAUACACUCUUCCUCUUACUGAUACCAUCUCCGUGCUGAAGGCCAAGCUCAAUGAAUCUCUGGGCAUGCCUGCUGGUAAACAGAAAUUGCAGUAUGAGGGUAUUUUUGUUAAGGACUCCAACACACUUGCAUUUUACAACUUUGUCAACGGCGCAUCUGUGCAGCUGCAAAUGAAGGAGAGAGGUGGACGAAAGAAAUAAAAUGGCCUGAACUUGUGAAUUUGUGUACAGACAUAGUGAAGAAAAUGAGUACCUGCAUUAUUCAGACAAAGGAAGAUUCAUGCUGAGAUCAUGUGGCCAUGCUUAUGUUUGAGCCAAAGUCAGAUUGUGUAAGGUACUUUCUAAGUUGGAUUAUAAAGUUUUAGUAAUGAAGAAUUUAAAAUUCAAAAUUAAUUCAAACUGCAUUAAAAGAAUUUCCAGAAAAUAAA